AUGGAGUUGGACGAGUUCCUUGCUGACAAGUCGUCGGCCGCAGACCCGUUACACCUUGACGACGUGUUUGAGAGACCGUCGGCCGCUGGAGCGCCGUCCGUUUUGGACGUGCCGAAGCCGCGGCGGCCGCCUGCAAAAGGUCCACCGCCGCCUCGGGUACAUCCGGUGCAGCUCCAGUUCUUCCGGGAUCCUCCGCCGCACGUGAAGCCGUACGUGACAAACGCGUGCUACUACGCCAACCAAAUUGCCCUGAUCACCCGCGAGGGGGCUCGCGAGAAGCGGGGGAUUGUGAUAAACGACAGCAACGUUUACAUCAUGGGCGACGGGUCGAGGGUGGAGCAAACGAUACCGCUCACGCAGGUGGAGGCAAUGAUCAUGCAGGACGUCCUCACGCCGAAGUCCCUCGGAAUCUCAAAGGAGUGGCAGACGCAUGUUCUAUUGCAUUUGCGUGACUUUCCGGAUCUUUUCUUUGCACUUGCGUAUGAAGAAAAGCACGACCCCACAACGAGGGCCGCCGUAGGCAGCAGAACUCCUGCGCUCGAGACGGUGCUGACGGGGCUGCUGUGGGCAUACGAUGUGGACCUCCUCGUCUGCAGCCUCAGGGAGGAGGAGUCGAUUCAGCAGCUUCUCAAGCGUACCGUGACGGACGUGGGGAUGCGGCGCGAGUGCGACGAAAUUCUCGCCUACCGCACCGGCCUCACAACCGUGCUGAAGGGGUUGCUGGGGCAGGAGGUACAGCUUGUUGCGAGCCUCAACAAAAUCAGGGUGGCGAGUGCCUCACAGGCGGUGAGGACCCUUCUGAAAGAAAUUGUAUUGAUCGAGGGCAAGAACGAGGCGAUGAUGUCGGCGCUGGAUCAGGCAAGUGCCUCACUUGAUCGGUGCCUGUCGAAGGAACGCGAACUGCGCGAGUCCCUGGAGGUAAAAGAGAGGGAGAUUCAGUCGAAGGUGGACGCACGGCUCGCGGCGCAGCAGAGUGAAAUCAUCGCGAGACAUGCGCUGGAUUACGAAAUCAUGACGUCAGCCCACCAGACGGAGAUGCGGCACCUCGGACUUCUGUGCGACCUUCUGCAGGCUUCCCUCGAGCGGUGCCGCAAGUCCCCCGCCGUCACCGUCGGCGAGCUCGAGACGGAGUUGGCGGCGUUGCAGCGGCUGAGGCAGGCGGUGCUCUUGCGUAAGGGCGAUGCGACGGAGAAGCUAGCCGAGGCGAAGCGGUCUCUCAUCGCCUCGAAGGCAGCGCUGCAGCAGGCGAAGGAGGAAGUGGAUGUUCUGCGACAACUGCCGCCAGGAGAACCCGUUCCGCCCAGCUUUAAUCGCGGGAUGGCACCUACGUUUCUUCCUGUGCAUCUGUCGCAGAGCCAGCUGGAGAGCCCGAGCGCGGACCUCGAGGAGACCGUCGCGCCGCAGAGCAGCGUGCGUGCCGGUGACGCCAAAGGCACGGCUGUGGUGCUUCUCGACGACGAUGACGACGAUGACAAUAUCGAUUUUAUUUCGCUGCCAGAGCAGCUGUCGGCUAACACCCACCCCAAUCUUCUGGUGGAUGACGACGAUUUGUAG